AUGCCUGAAAACACGGCCUCACUUGCGGUCUCCUUCGUAUAUACGGCCACCUUACUAAUCAGCAUUGCUCAUUUUUCUGAUGCAUCACGUGGCGGUAUCGGAUUUCCUCCUGAGGCUGGUGGGCCGGCACCUUUCGAAGAUGGGCCUGGGCUUCAGCUAAUAGAGUUUCCCUCACAAUCAGGAAUUUUAUCGGGCACUGGUGGGCUGGCACCUACCGACUCUGGGCCUGGGCUGGAAAAGAUCUCUGAGCUGCCGGGGAUAUCAGGUAUUUUCCCGGGCCUUGGUGGGCCGGCACCUCCCAACGCUGGGAUUGGGCUGCCGCAGAUCCCUGGGCUGCCGAAGGUACCAGGGAUUAUCCCGGGCCUAGUUGGGCCGGCAAUUCCCAAUACUGGGUUUGGGCUGCCACAAAUCCCUUGGCUGUCAGGGAUUAUUCCGGGCCUUGGUGGGCCUACACCUCCAAACUCUGGAUCUGGGCUGCCCGGGAUACCAGGGAUUUUAGGGGGCCUUGGUGGGUUGAUACCUCCCUACAUUAAAUCUGGGCUGUUGCAGACUCCUAAGCAGUCCGGAAGAUCAGGAAUUUUCCAGGGCCCUAGUGGGCCUGAAACUCCUAAAACUGGGCCUGGUCUAUCGCAGGUUCCCGAAUGA